CUAUUUCUUCUAUUAAUUGCAUCUCGUCAUUGGAAUAAACUGUAAAUUACAGAUACUAACUAUGAACAGGAAGAAAUUCAUUUUGUCCGUUUUAGGGUUUGUUAUCUGCAUCGCAACACCUACCGCCGGGGAAUCAUCGACGUGCUUGGCGGUGUAUAAAGAAGGAGGUGCACCGGCGGUGUUUCAGUCACCAAAAUGCCCUCGAUGGAGCUUACCAGAACAUGAUCCUCGCCGACAAGCCACAGCUGGGAGAUGUCAAUCGGCCACACGUCAGGGCCGACGAAAGUCUUCGGAAGAUCGCACUUUCUGUACUCUUGACAUCCGCAUUCCUUUUCCAGGCCCCAAUGGCAUUAGAGAUACGUCAGUUGGCAUUGUGGCAGUUUUUGAUGGACAUAAUGGGGCAGAAGCUAGUGAUAUGGCCUCAAAGCUGUUAUUGGAGUAUUUCACACUACAUGUUUACUUUCUUCUUGAUGCCACAUUUUCUUUUUUAUCCAAGAUAUCAAAAGGAAUGUUACCAAAUAAGGAAGAACACGACUAUGCUUCUCAAAUGCUAGGUUGGGAUGAGAAAUUGGGUGAACAUGUGCUACAUAUUGGAAGGAUUAAGUUUACAUUGUCAACCAUCUUUGAUGGAGCUUUCCACUUGGAAAUUCUGAAGGAGUCUUUGUUGAAGGCGAUUGAUGAUAUUGAUGCAGCAUUCUGUAAGGAGGCAUCUAGAUACAGCUUCAACUCUGGCUCUACCGCAACAGUUAUAUUAAUGGCAGAUAGUCAAAUUCUAGCUGCCAACGUUGGAGACUCAAAGGCUUUCCUAUGCUCUGAGACGUUCCAGUCUCCUCCCGAGGCCAAAGCUACUCUAUUGAGAUUGUACAGAAAGAGAAGACGUGAUGGUGCCUCGGUACGCAUGAAAGAUUAUGGAAACUUUAAAUUGGCAGCAUCUGACGGGUUACCUCACUUUUCUGCCAAAGAACUGACUAAGGAUCACCAUCCAGACAGGGUUGAUGAAAGGUCCCGAGUAGAAUCUUCUGGAGGUUAUGUCCUUGAGUGGGGUGGCGUAUCCCGAGUUAAUGGUCAUUUGGCUGUUUCUCGUGCUAUUGGUGAUUUGCCUUUUAAAAGCUUUGGUGUUAUAUCCGUUCCUGAGGUCACAGAUUGGCAACCUCUGACAGCUAAUGAUAGUUAUUUGGUGGCUGCAUCUGAUGGCGUUCUUGAAAAGCUGAGCUCACAGGAUGUCUGUGAUUUGUUUUGGGAACUACAUACUGAUGCCCCCCUGGAAUUAGAGUACAGUUCUUCAUGUUCAUACUCGUUAGCUGAUUGCAUUGUUGAUACUGCUCUUGAUAAAGGCAGUAUGGAUAACGUGGCAGCUGUUGUAGUUCCAUUUGGACUACAAAAUCUGCCACCCAAACACUCCAGUGAAGUCAGACUGCAGAAUUACGUGGAUGAACAGUCUGAAUUGGAGAAUGCUGAUUCAGUUGACAAGUUUGGGCGGUUAUUGGUUGAAGGAAAACACGACACUUAUGGAUGUUUCUAUCUAUCUGAAAGCUUAAAUGAAAAGGAUGACUACACAUUCUGGAUUGCAAAGGAUGAUCAGGACUCGACAUAUGCCUCACCGGCCUUACCUGACAUGCUUGAUCAUAGCUAUGGUGGACCUUUACAUUUAUACCGUGACCAGAUGAUGUGCUUGCACUUUGGGAGGUCUAGUGGUGGAGAUAGAGAUCAGUGCAUUAAUCCUGAUGGCCUUGCAAGUUUUCUUGGUUUUUUAGAAUCACUCCCUGCACAUAGUGUUGAACCGAAUCAAGAAUCUUUUGAGCGCACCACUCCUAACACAAGGUAUAUACUGAAAAAAAGAUUUGAUCGUGGAUCGUAUGGAGAAGUUUGGGUGGCUUUUCAUUGGAAUUAUCUCCAUCAAAGCAGCUAUUCUAAUUGGAGAGAGAAGAACAAAACAUUCCAAUCUAAUACCACUCAUCAUGGCACCGAAGAUCAAACUUCACAAAGACGCACAGCCCAAACUGACUUCAGUUCUAGUUCUCCUGAUGCUAACUUGUUCAUUUUGAAGCGUAUAAUGGUAGAAAGGGGCAAUGCAGUUUACCUAAGCGGUCUACGAGAGAAGUAUUUUGGUGAACUAUUUCUGAAUGCCUCAGCAUAUUUGGGAGGUACAUUAUCAGUAAAGGAUUCAGGGUAUCCUUUAAAAGAAUCAUGCCCAUAUAUGUAUAAUUUGCUAAGAAGGAAUGAAUCAGCUGCUCCAGAAAUAGAGGAUCCUUGGCAACCAGAACAUAUGUUUUCGAGAAGGAAAAGACAGCCACGGGUUGCUUAUGAAGAAGGCCUCCAGCAUAUUGCAAGAUAUAUCGAGUCUCUUGAGUCUAGGUCAAAUGAGAUAUGGCUUGUAUUCCGUCAUGAAGGCAUAUCAUUAUCAAAGCUUUUGUAUACAGCAGAUGAUAUGGGAAGUAGUUCUGGCUCAACAAAUGAUGACCACAUCAAACAUGUUCGUAUAUUGCAUCCCUCAAAAUGGUGGCAUUGGUUGAAGACGACAGAAGCAGGCCAAGAGGAAAUGCAGAAUCUUAUAUGGCAGUUGUUAAUGGCACUUAAAUCCUGUCAUGACCGCAACAUCACCCACAGGGAUAUUAAACCUGAGAACAUGAUUGUUUGCUUUGAAGAUCAAGAUUCUGGAAGAUGCUUGAAAGGAAGCCCAAGCAGAAAUGAGAACUAUACUACUAAAAUGCGCAUUAUUGAUUUCGGUAGUGCAAUAGAUGAAUUUACCAUAAAGCAUUUAUAUGGAGCUGUUGGGCCUUCUAGGGAUGAACAAACUUAUGAGUACAUGCCUCCUGAAGCUUUUCUUAAUGCUACUUGGUAUCAAGGGCCAACAAGCAUAACUACAAAGUAUGAUAUGUGGAGUGUUGGCGUUGUGAUCUUAGAGUUGAUUAUAGGAUCACCAAAUGUGUUUCAGAUAAAUGCCAUAACACGGGCUCUUUUGGAUCAACACCUUGAAGGAUGGAAUGAAGGCUUGAAGACGCUUGCUUAUAAACUUAGGUCAUUCAUGGAAUUAUGCAUUUUACUCCCUGGGAGUUCCUCAAAACAUCUUCGUACUUGGGGCAGUAACGGGAAGAGCUCGGGUUCACCGGCUUCAUGGAAAUGCUCGGAGGAAUUCUUUUCGAGUCAGAUAAAGAGCAGAGAUCCUCUUAGAAUAGGGUUUCCGAAUGUAUGGGCCUUGAGAUUAGUUCGCCAACUAUUAGUUUGGGAUCCGGAGGAUCGAUUCACUGUUGACGAUGCUUUGAGGCAUCCUUAUUUUUCGCAGCGUACAACACAAUGAAAAUUUCCGUCAUAUACAAUGCUUGGCAGGACUUCUGCAAACCUUGAUCUUGAAUACAAGCGAUGUAGGAGCCCGCUCACACGUAAUUAGGAAAGCUUCACAACUCUUUCGUUAGACCGACUGAAAGCUGAUCAAGCUUCGGCACAAUGCUUCAUCCAAUUAACUGGGGAGUCGGGGUUUAAUGCGAGCCAGGAUCAUCGUUAUGAGGUGAACUUGGAGUCGCAACCUUGUAAUUUUGAUUUGUUUUAUAUGGGUUCGGUCUAUUAUGUAUUGUAGUUUGUUUGUUUGGUAGGUUCUGUAUGUAUAUAUCAUGGCUCGAGUUGUAUACGAAUUCAUAUACGGGUACGAAUGAAAUAUGUAGUAAAUUAUAAAGAAAAGAUUGCAUGUUUUCGGUCUAAA